CCAGCGCUGCUGGGAGGUGGGAGUGGGUGGGAUCAAGCAAAUCAAUCCGAGGAUAUAACGCCUUAGACCCGCCCCCUCGUUGGAAACUGCAGGCUCCCAGUCUGGAGCGCCCGUGGUAACGUGCCACAGUUGGAUUCUGGCAGCGCGCAGGGCAGGAGGAGACGCUUUACGCACGGCCUCCCCUCCAACACACCCCGCUCGCGUCUAUGAGCGUUUGGACGAGAGAGAGGAGCAACCUGUGUUCUCAUGGUGGGUCCUUUCCUCAGCUGCCCGUCGAGGAGAGCGCGGUGAAGUGCUGACCGAUUGAAUGUCACCUCCAGUCACCAUGGAUUACGGACGGACCAUGGCCCCUCCGGUGCCCCCACACAAUCCCAAACCCGCCCGGCCAGGCGAGGCGCAGGAGCGGCUGCUGAAGUGCAUCCUGCUCGGAGACGGAGCGGUGGGCAAGACCAGCCUGGUGGUCAGCUACACAACGAACGGCUACCCAACCAAAUAUGUUCCCACUGCGUUCGACGACUUCUCAGCCGUGGUUCAGGUGGACGGAAGCCCGGUCAGACUACAGUUGUGCGACACUGCGGGACAGGAUGAGUUUGACAAACUCCGCCACUUCUGCUACAGCCGCACCGACGCCUUGCUGCUCUGCUUCAGUGUGGUCAGCCCAGCCUCCUUUCAAAACGUCUGGGAGAAGUGGGUCCCGGAAAUCCGCCGCCGCUGCCCUCUCACGCCCGUCCUCCUGGUGGGCACGCAGUGCGACCUGCGGCAGGACGUCAAAGUGCUCAUCGAGCUGGCGAGGCGGCGGGAGAGGCCCGUGCCGGAGGAGGAUGCCAGAGCGCUGUCGGAAAAAAUCGGGGCUGUGACGUACAUCGAGUGCUCGGCGCUGACACAAAAGAAUCUGAAGGAGGUGUUUGACGCAGCCAUCGCCGUGGGGCUGCGUCACUCUGACAGGAGAGUGAGGCGGGAGAGGAAGGUCCGCAGCACAGCUGAUAAGAUGAAGAUGCUCUCCAAGUCCUGGUGGAAGAAGUAUGUGUGUGUCCAGUAGAGAGGGAGGAGAGGAUUGUCCUGUGACCGACAAAUAAACUGGAACUGCUGACUUAUUGGUGGGGACUGAGUUGGAUGUAAGGACUGUUUUUACGUUCACCUGGACGGCUCCAGACAUGGCGGCCAGAAUGACUUUGAUUCAGUGGAGCAGCAGCUCAACAGAGGCGGAGUGUGUCUGGCUGAGCUUGGAUGUUUUUGACCAGAAAAGAUACCUUUGGUGAUGCCUAAAAGACAGAGAGCGUAAUAAGACUGUAACUUCCGUGUGCUCCUCUGAACUCCUAAACGAGACUGUGACCAGCGUUCAACCAAAAGUAAUGGAGCUAAUAAAGUUUUAUGGCACAUGGACUGCGUAUCAUGCUGGACACGUCCAAAGGAAGUGUGAGCUGAGUUGUUCAGAUGGUGUUAUGUACUGAAAGUAUACUCCUCCUGUGUCUCUAAUCUGAUUCCCUUCUUUUACAAAGUAUAUUAUUUUAUGUGUUAUACACUGUAAUUCAGUCCCUCAACACUUCUGAUAGAUCCUUUUUUAUUUCACUGAAAUCAGAACAUGAAGUUAAAGGUCCAGUUUGUAAGAUACUUGAUUUUUGAAUCUCAUUCUCGUUGAAUAGUGACGAGUUGGGUUGGUGGUCUACCAAGAUCUGGUACAUUGCGUUGGGAAUGACUCUCAGCAAUCAAUUUUCUUAGAAACAGGAAGUUUAAGGAACUUUAAUGCAAGCUGCUCAGCUUAAAUCCCAAAUUUUAAAAAUGCAAUAUUUGUGCUGUUGAAAAUCGAGGCCAGACAUGCACCUUGUCUCAGAACUAACUCAUGCUCUUUUGGAUUACAAUCACAUGUAAAUGAGUAUAAAUUAGGGCUGCAACUAAAAAUUAUAUUCAUUUUUUUGACGAUGAAUCGUUUAGGCCAUAAGUCAAACAUUUGUGAGAGAGGUUUUGUCUUCAGAUUACUUCUUAUGUCCAGCCAACAGUCCAAAAUCCAAACACUUUCAUUUACUAUCAUGAAUGACAAAGAAAACCAAAAAAAUCCUGUGACUUUUUGUAAAUGUUUUGCUUGGAAAAUGACUGAAACAAUGAAUCGAUCACCAACAUAGUUGGCUGUUAAUUUUUCUUUAAAUCGACUAAUCGAUUAAUCAACUAAUCAUUGCAGCUCUGGGAAAGUAUUCUUUAAAUAAUCUCUGAGCUCUUUGGGGAUGUGACGCUGUGGUUUGAACAUGUUGUAAUCCAGCCGUUCACUUCUGUGAGAUCGUGUUGGGAUUUCUCUACGCCGGCUUGUGUCUGUACUACUUUCUGUAGCGCUGACACAGCUGUCACACUGUCAGGGUUCUGUGUGUUACCCACCUACCACAUCAGACUGAUGCCACAAAUCAUUUACAGAGUACACCGAAUGCCUCUUGGUGCUGAUGGUUACCCGACCAAGCUUCAGUUGACCGAAAAGUGUGACCUUAAGUCAGUUUGUUAGUUUUUUAUACUGUUACAAGGUUGCAGCAAUAAGUUGGGUGGUGCCACUGUACAUUGCACUUAUCACACACAGUCUAAACUCAUCACCGAGGUCUUGCCAUGCAAUGGCCUUUGGACCAGUGGUGUGAGAUGUAGUGGUCGAUCUGCAUGUUCCCUGCACUCCCCUCUGGUUCAGAUGAUCCCUGAGUCUUUCCUUGUCAUCGUCGUCAGGGCCUUGAACAGAUUAUUGUCCGUCUUUGUCUGUCCGUGCGUUGGAGCUCUCUCCUCAUCUGAAACGAUGACCGUAAAUGAGGUGAAAUCAAUGAAGAGACUGAUUCUACGUUUGCUUCUUAUUUUUCAGAAGCCCUGUCUUUCAGCUCUGUCUCUAUUUAUCUGUUCCUUCUGGGCCAAUAACUGAUCAACAGCAAAGCAACAUAGAGCAGAUGUAUGAAUUGUUGUGUGUCAUUAUGUAUGUUACAUAGUAAUCAUUUAUGAUGUUUGUAAUGUCAUCAGGAUAAAUCUCUGUGUACAUAUGUAAGUGACUCCAGUCAUUGGCUGUCCAACUCUAAAUGGUACUUAACAGUGUGAGUGUUUCAGAUGGUGUCUGAGAGCAGUUUGUUGAGCUGUGUGCGCGAACCACAAUAAAAUGUGAAAUAUUUAA